AUGACCACUUUACUCCUGGUGUUUGUGACUCUGAGGGUCAUCACGGCAACCAGCUCACUAGAAGCUUCAGACCCUGACAACUCGCUGAGUGUCAGCAUCCCCGAACCGUCCCCUCUGCGGGUCCUCCUGGGGAGCUCCCUCACCAUCCCCUGCUACUUCAUCGACCCCAUGCACCCUGUGACCACCGCCCCCUCCACCGCCCCCCUCGCCCCGAGAAUCAAGUGGAGCCACAUUUCCAAGGAGAAGGAGGUGGUGCUGCUCGUAGCCACGGAAGGGCAGGUGCGGGUCAACAGUGCCUACCAAGACAAGGUCUCGCUGCCCAACUACCCGGCCAUCCCCAGUGAUGCCACCUUGGAAAUCCAGAACCUUCGCUCCAAUGACUCUGGGAUCUACCGCUGUGAGGUUAUGCACGGCAUUGAGGACAGCGAGGCUACCCUAGAGGUCGUGGUGAAAGGCAUUGUGUUCCAUUACAGAGCCAUCUCCACGCGCUACACGCUAGACUUCGACAGGGCACAGCGGGCCUGCCUGCAGAACAGUGCCAUCAUCGCUAGCCCCGAACAGCUACAGGCCGCCUAUGAGGACGGCUUCCACCAGUGUGACGCCGGCUGGCUGGCCGACCAGACUGUCAGGUACCCCAUCCACACUCCGAGGGAAGGCUGCUAUGGGGACAAAGAUGAGUUUCCGGGCGUGAGGACCUACGGCAUCCGCGACACCAAUGAGACCUACGAUGUCUACUGCUUCGCUGAGGAGAUGGAGGGCGACGUCUUCUAUGCAACAUCUCCGGAGAAGUUCACCUUCCAGGAGGCGGCUGACGAGUGCCGGCGGCUGGGCGCGCGGCUGGCCACCACGGGCCAGCUCUACCUGGCCUGGCAGGGCGGCAUGGACGUGUGCAGUGCUGGCUGGCUGGCUGACCGCAGCGUGCGCUACCCCAUCUCCAAGGCCCGGCCCAACUGCGGGGGCAACCUCCUGGGCGUGCGGACCGUCUACCUGCACGCCAACCAGACGGGCUACCCGGACCCCUCAUCCCGCUACGACGCCAUCUGCUACACAGGUGAAGACUUUGUGGACAUCCCAGAAAACUUCUUUGGGGUGGGCGGCGAGGAGGACAUCACCAUCCAGACAGUGACCUGGCCUGACAUGGAGCUGCCCCUGCCCCGAAACGUCACCGAGGGUGAAGCCCGAGGCAGCGUGAUCCUCACUGUGAAACCCAUCUUUGGCGUCUCCCCUACUGUCCCGGAGCCCGAGGCGCCCUUCACGUUUGCCCCGGAGCCCGAGGAGCCCUUCACGUUUGCCCCCGCUGGAGGGACCUCUGCCUUCCCUGAGGCUGAGAACAGGACUGGAGAGGCCACUGGGCCCUGGAGUGUUCCCGCCACGCCCGGGCCAGCCUUCACCGCCUUCACCAGCGAGGACCAUGUCGUGCAGGUGACUGCAGUCCCAGGCACAGCCGAAGUUUCGGGGCGGCCACGAUUGCCAGGGGGGGUUGUGUUCCACUACCGGCCUGGCUCCACCCGCUACUCACUGACCUUUGAGGAGGCUCAGAAGGCCUGCCUGAACACUGGGGCUGUCAUGGCCUCUCCGGAACAGCUCCAGGCCGCCUAUGAAGCAGGAUAUGAGCAAUGUGAUGCUGGUUGGCUGCAGGACCAGACCGUCAGAUACCCCAUCGUGAGCCCACGGACCCCGUGUGUGGGUGACAAAGACAGCAGCCCAGGGGUCAGGACCUACGGUGUGCGGCCACCAUCAGAAACCUAUGAUGUCUACUGCUACGUGGACAGGCUCGAGGGAGAGGUGUUCUUCGUCACACGCCUGGAACAGUUCACCUUCCAGGAAGCCCUGGCAUUCUGUGAAUCUCAAAACGCCACCCUGGCCUCCACGGGCCAGCUCUACGCCGCCUGGAGUCAAGGCCUGGACAAGUGCUAUGCCGGCUGGCUGGCGGACGGCAGCCUCCGUUACCCCAUCGUCACCCCACGGCCCUCCUGCGGCGGAGACAAGCCAGGCGUGAGAACCGUCUACCUCUAUCCCAACCAGACUGGCCUCCCCGACCCGCUGUCCCGGCACCACGCCUUCUGCUUCCGAGGUGUCUCAGCAACGCCCUCUCCAGGAGAAGAAGAGGGUGGCACACCCACCCCCUCUGUCGUGGAGGACUGGAUCGCUACCCAGGUGGGGCCUGGUGUGGCUGCUGUCCCCGGGGAGGGGGAGACCACCGCAAUCCCGGACUUCACCAUUGAGCCAGAAAACCAGACGGAAUGGGAACCAGCCUACAGCCCAGCGGGCACUUCCCCACCGCCAGGGAUCCCUCCAACGUGGCCUCCCACCAGCGCAGCAACAGAGGAGAGCACAGAAGGCCCUUCUGGAACGGAAGUGCCCUCAGCCUCAGAGGGGCCGUCCCCCUCGGAAGAGCCAUCCCCCUCAGGGGAACCGCUCCCUUGGGAGGAGCUGUCCACACUUUUACCCCCAGUGCCCAGUGGGACUGAGCUGCCAGGCUCUGGGGAGGUAUCCGGUGUACCUGAAGUCAGUGGUGACUUCACAGGCAGUGGAGAAGUUUCAGGACAUUUGGACUCCAGUGGGCUCAUGUCUGCUGUGGGCUCAGGCCUGCCUGUGGGAAGUGGACUGCCCUCAGGGGAUGAAGAUAAAAUUAUAUGGUCCAGCAUUCCUAAAGUUGGAGGUGAGGGCCUAGAGAUCUCUGCCUCUGGAGUAGGGGACCUCAGCGGGCUGCCUUCUGGAGAAGGUCCAGAAGUCUCUGCCCCUGGAGUGGAGGACCUCAGUGGAUUACCUUCUGGAGAAGGUCCAGAAGUCUCUGUCUCUGGAGUAGAGGACCUCAGCAGGCUGCCUUCGGGAGAAGGUCCAGAAGUCUCUGUCUCUGGAGUAGAGGACCUCAGUGGAUUACCUUCUGGAGAAGGUCCAGAAGUCUCUGUCUCUGGAGUAGAGGACCUCAGUGGAUUACCUUCUGGAGAAGGUCCAGAAGUCUCUGUCUCUGGAGUAGAGGACCUCAGUGGAUUACCUUCUGGAGAAGGUCCAGAAGUCUCUGUCUCUGGAGUAGAGGACCUCAGCAGGCUGCCUUCGGGAGAAGGUCCAGAAGUCUCUGUCUCGGACCUCAGUGGAUUACCUUCUGGAGAAGGUCCAGAAGUCUCUGUCUCUGGAGUAGAGGACCUCAGUGGAUUACCUUCUGGAGAAGGUCCAGAAGCUUCUGCCUCUGGAGUAGGGGACCUCAGUGGACUUCCUUCUGGAAGAGAAGGUCUAGAGACCUCUAUCUCUGGUGUAGGGGACCUCAGCGGGCUGCCUUCUGGAGAAGGUCCAGAAGCCUCUGCCUCUGGAGUAGGGGACCUCAGCGGGCUGCCUUCUGGAGAAUUUCCAGAAGUCUCUGCCUCUGGAAUAGGGGACCUCAGUGGACUUCCUUCUGGAAGAGAAGGUCUAGAGACCUCUGUCUCUGGUGUAGGGGACCUCAGUGGGCUGCCUUCUGGAGAAGGUCCAGAAACCUCUGCUUCUGGAGUAGGGGACCUCAGCGGGCUGCCUUCUGGAGAAGGCCCAGAAGCCUCUGCCUCUGGAAUAGGGGACCUCAGUGGACUUCCUUCUGGAAGAGAAGGUCUAGAGACCUCUGCUUCUGGAGUAGAGGAUCUCAGUGGGUUGCCUUCUGGAGUAGAGAGUCAUCCAGAGACUUCUGCUUCUGGAGUAGAGGACCUCAGUGAACUUCCUUCUGGAGGAGAGGGUCUAGAGACCUCUGUUUCUGGAGCUGAGGAUCUCAGUGGGUUGCCCUCUGGGAAAGAAGACUUGAUUGGGUCAGCCUCUGGAGCCUUGGACUUUGGCAGAAUACCUUCCGGAACUCUGGGAAGUGGGCAAGCUCCAGAAGCAAGUGGCCUUCCCUCUGGAUUUAGUGGUGAGUAUUCAGGGGUGGACCUUGGAAGUGGCCCAUCCUCUGGCCUACCUGAUUUUAGUGGCCUUCCCUCUGGAUUCCCAACUGUGUCUCUAGUGGAUACGACAUUGGUGGAAGUGGUCACAGCCACCAGUGCAAGUGAACUGGAAGGGAGGGGAGCUGUUGGCAUCAGUGGUGCUGGAGAAACAUCUGGGCUGCCCUUCAGUGAGCUGGACAUUAGUGGGGCAGUUAGUGGACUCCCUUCAGGAGCUGAACUCAGUGGCCAAGUGUCUGGGUCCGCUGACAUCAGUGGGGAAACAUCUGGAUUCUUCGGUGUCAGUGGACAGCCAUCAGGGUUUCCUGACAUCAGUGGGGGAACAUCUGAGCUUUUUGAGGUCAGUGGGCAGCCAUCAGGGUUUUCUGGGGAAACAUCGGGAGUGACAGAGCCUAGUGGACUGCCCUCCGGACAACCAGAUGUCAGUGGAGAAACCUCUGGAGUUCUUUCUGGCGCUGGUCAACGCUUUGGCAUAACCGACCUGAGUGGAGAAACAUCUGGGGUCCCUGAUAUCAGUGGGCAGCCAUCGGGGUUGCCGGAGUUCAGUGGGACAACUUCUGGAGUCCCUGACCUGGUUCCCGGUACCAUGAGUAGUAGUGGUGAGUCUUCUGGCAUUACGUUUGUGGACAGCAGUUCGGUUGAAGUGACCCCAACUACUUUUAAAGAAGAAGAAGGUUUAGGGUCUGUGGAAGUCAGUGGACUCCCUUCAGGGGAGGCAGAUCUCUCGGGCAUAUCUGGGAUCACGGAUGUCAGUGGACAAACUUCUGGAGCAAUUGACUCCAGCGGGUUGACACCCCAGCCUCCAGAAUUCAGUGGCCUGCCAAGUGGAGUAGCUGAAGUCAGUGGAGAAUCCUCUGGAGCAGAGACUGGGAGCAGCCUGCCCUCAGGAGCAUAUGACGGCAGUGGACUCCCAUCCGGUCUCCCCACUGUGUCUCUUGUAGACAGAACUUUGGUGGAAUCCGUCACCCAGGCUCCAACAGCCCAAGAAGCAGGAGAAGGGCCCUCGGGCAUUUUGGAACUCAGCGGUGCCCAUUCUGGAGCACCAGACGUGUCUGGAGACCAUUUGGGAGUUUUGGACCUAAGUGGGCUGCAGUCCGGGCUGGUGGAGCCCAGUGGAGAGCCAUCAAGUACUCCAUAUUUUAGUGGGGACUUUUCUGGCACCAUGGAUGUAAGUGGAGAAUCCUCUGCAGCCACGAGCACCAGUGGGGAGGCCUCAAGACUUCCAGAAGUUACUUUAAUGACUUCUGAGUUCGUGGAGGGUGUCACGGAACCAACUGUUUCCCAGGAACUUGCCCAAAGACCCCCUGUGACAUACACCCCCCAGCUCUUUGAGUCCAGUGGAGAAGCCUCUGCGUCUGGGGAUAUUAGUGGAGCUACACCAAGGUUUCCCGGGUCUGGGCUAGAAGUGUUGUCGGUCCCGGAAUCCAGCAGCAAGACGUCUGACAUUCCUGAGGCUGAGGUGGGGGCGUCUGCCGCCCCUGAGGCCAGCGGACGAGCUUCCGGGGUCCCUGAUGUGGGUGAAGCCACCUCUGCCUUCCCUGAAGCUGAUGUGGAGGGGGCCUCAGGCCUGGGAGUGAGCGGCAGCACCUCAGCCUUUCCUGAAGGCCCCAGGGAGGGCUCGGCCACCCCAGAAGUACGGGAGGAGCCAACCAGCACCUACGCUGUGGGCACAGAGGCGUCAGGCUGGCCUUCGGCCACUCCGAUGGCGUCUGGAGACAGGACUGAAGUCAGCGGAGACCUGUCUGGUCACACGUCGGGGCAGGAUGUUGUCAUCAGCACUAGCGUCCCAGAAUCCGAGUGGAUCCAGCAGAGCCAGCGCCCUGCAGAGGCGCCUCUAGAAAUUGAGUCCUCAAGCCCCUUGCACUCAGGAGAAGAGACCCAAACGGCCGAAACUGCCACCUCCCCCACAGAUGUUUCCAUCCUCACUUCUCCAGCAGGGACACAUGAAUCAGCACCAACCGUUCCAGACCAAGAGCUGUGUGAGGAGGGCUGGACCAAGUUCCAGGGUCACUGUUACCGCUACUUUCCCGACCGCGAGAGCUGGGUGGAUGCCGAGAGCCGGUGUCGGGCUGAGCAGUCACACCUGAGCAGCAUCGUCACCCCCGAGGAGCAGGAGUUUGUCAACAACAACGCCCAAGACUACCAGUGGAUCGGCCUGAAUGACAGGACCAUCGAAGGGGACUUCCGCUGGUCAGACGGACACUCCUUGCAAUUUGAGAACUGGCGCCCCAACCAGCCCGACAACUUCUUCGUCAACGGGGAGGACUGCGUGGUGAUGAUCUGGCAUGAGAAGGGAGAGUGGAAUGACGUGCCCUGCAAUUACCACCUGCCCUUCACGUGUAAAAAGGGCACAGUGGCCUGCGGAGACCCCCCUGUGGUGGAACACGCCAGGACCUUCGGGCAGAAGAAGGACCGGUACGAGAUCAAUUCUCUGGUGCGGUACCAGUGCACAGAGGGCUUCGUCCAGCGCCACGUGCCCACCAUCCGGUGCCAGCCCAGCGGGCACUGGGAGGAGCCUCGGAUCACCUGCACAGACCCCUCCACGUACAAGCGCAGACUACAGAAGCGGAGCCCACGGGCCCCACGGUGGAGCCGACCCAGCACAGCCCACUGA